UGAUAAUUUGUUUACCUUUCGAUCUAUCGCUGUCGGAUUCAGAUCACCUCCAGUGCAUCCAGCACAGCGCGAUCAUGGCUGGAUCUGCUGCUGCCGUCUCGGUCCAGAGCGACCAUGCGUCCUCGACCCAGCCAGUGAAGGGUCCCAAAACCAAGGAGAAGCUCGGAAUCACCUCGCAUCGGUUCAUAAUCAUCUUGAGUUGGUUUCUUCUCACCGUCCCACUCACUUGUUUGACAGCUGUUUUCCUCGCCUUGGUCUUCAGCUAUCGCGUCAAGAAGGGUAACUCGCCCUAUAUAACCCUCUACGAGGGCUUGACUCUCGAUUUCUCGAGCGCCUACUACGUCAACAUGAACUCGAGUAUUCUCCUUUUCGUCACCUCGUGGGCUAGCACUCUGGCUCCUAUGUUGUCGGGCUUCCUCAUCACCCUGGCCUCGUUUCCUAUCGCCCAUCGCUACCUCCAAGAUAUCCGGAACGCACGUUUCGAACGACUGCCCACUCCAUAUCAACUGACACUUAUGAUGAAGUUCUUUGAUGGAGGUACUCUAGGUGCUACCUGGAGUUGGAUCGUCUAUGUCUUCUCAUGGGGAAAGAAGCGUCAGCCCCAGACUCGUCCGCUGACUUCGGCUGCUGCAGUGGCUCUUCUGGCUACUCUUCUCGGAGCACUGGUCUCCGCAGCAGACACCUGGCUUCACCUAACCACCAAAACCGUCCCCUUCUACCGCGCCACCGUCGUAACCAACAACACAGACUACAGCUUCGGUCUGACCCCCCAAUGCCUAACAGGCAACAACUCAGUCGCAGCACAAGAAGCCGUCGCCGCCACCGGCGGCAUCUGCAGUGUAUCGAUGGGCGUCACAGGCCAAUUCCUCUCCAACGCCACCGUCAGUCUCGGGGUAUUGAACAACGUCUCCGACUUCGCGACCGUCUACGACUACGGCGUCAGCUUCGACAACAACGUCACAACCUACAGCUACUUGGGCUUACCCGAGGGUUCAGUCACAGGUCGAGACUGGGAAGCCACGACUUAUGGUGCUCGUACCCAAUGCCAGAUGAUUUCCAAGCAAUGCAAUCUGACUGAAGUGAUGACGACGCUGAAAUAUAACUGUUCGAGUGCAUUUGCGGGCUAUAUUGAAAGCACGAAUCUCAUUACCGGGUUUUUCACAGACGCUAGCAUGACGGUUGAUAUUGAGGAUGUUGAAGAUGGGAAUUAUGGGGCUGGGAACCCGUUUUAUUAUACCGUGGCUGGGGUCUUGAGUACGUCUGGUGGAACGGUGCCGAACUCGACGGACUUUGUGCAGAAUGAGUCUGGGGUUUAUGGUUAUGUUCUGGGGUGUAAUACCACUAUUUAUGAUAUCGCCUACGGUAUGGCUAAUAACUCGAUGAGUUAUAUGACCCCGAGUGUGAGUAAUACCUCGGUGUCGAAUAUCUGGCAGACGAGUAUCUCCCAGACGGUGGAUUGGGAACCUGCUAUUGAACUGGAGAUCGGGGCUGCGGCAUACAGCAGCACGGGGCAGGAGUUUGCGGAUAAAUUGGCGCGGAAGUUCAGCACAGUCAUCUUGGCUAUGGGCGCGGAUGGCCUUGAAUCUCGACCUGCGUUCGCGGCUCAGCAGAGAGAGACCUUGUUGGUGGCGAGGGUCCCCAUGGCGCCGCUGUUUACUCUCGUGGGAGUAAACUUGUUGUAUGUCAUCUGUGGGUUGAUCUUCGCGGGCUUUGCUUUCCAUACGGCUCGACAUGAGAUUCCUGAUAUUCAUGCACGAUUUGGAAUCACGGGGUUGGUGGCAGAUCGGUUCGAGGAGCCUGGAUCGCGAAAGGAAACUCAUACUGUGGAUGAGAUGUUCGAGGAGUAUGCGGGCCACCCGAGUCGGCGCGUGGCUAUUGAACAGGGCGAGGAGGAUGGGGUGUAUGCGUACAAGACUUGGGAUACGGGUAGGUAUACGUCGGUGGAAGUGGAGGAGCGCUGACCUUUGGUUUACGGACGAUAGAUAGUCCAAGGCACUUUGCCUGUAGAUGAUAUAGAAUGCAUGUAUGACAAUGACAAUGAGAAUAUGACCAUUCCCCCCUCCA